AUAACACAGCAAACAAAAACCAACACAAUUCUGAUCAUUCAGCAGUGGCAUCGCCACUAAUACAGAUACAUCACAACCAUCAGUUAACGAAAAUGCAGAAAAAAAGACCUGUAAAAUGAUCAGGAGAGAGCGAGAGAGUUUACACCAAUCGUACGCAAAUUCUCCAGCAGUAUUAUUAACUAUUUACCAAAGGCCUAGUUCAGAAAGACAAAAAGCGUUUAGAAUACUAGGAAAAGUGUCAAACCAACGUUGGUAUCUAGUCGUCUAAAAACGAAUCAAGAUUUUUCUUUUGUCCCGCCCCGAGAGUUCCCCAAGGCCCGUUUAUUAGUUCGGGCCAAGGGACCAGGAAUGCGAAAACCUUACAAUGAGAAGCACAACACAUUCACUGAGGACAGCCUUGUUGCUAAAGAGCCUAUAAAACAAUUCCAAUCAUGGUUUGAUGUUGCUUGCCAAACACCAAAUAUUCUUGAAGCAAAUGCCAUGUGUUUGUCAACAGCUUCCAACACAGGGAAACCCUCCGCUCGUUACGUGUUGCUCAAAGGGUUCGAUAAAGAAGGAUUUCGAUUUUUCACCAACUACUCCAGCAGGAAAGGAAUCGAGUUGGAAGAAAAUCCAUUUGCAGCCCUCACUUUCUACUGGGAACCUUUGCUAAAAUCUGUUAGGAUAGAGGGUGCAGUGAAAAAACUUCCAGCCGAAGCCUCUGAUGAAUACUUUCAAUCUCGACCCCGUAGCAGCCAGAUUGGAGCGCUAGUUUCAUCUCAGAGCCAAGCAAUUUCAUCCCGUCAAGUACUGGUUGAUGACGAGGAAAAAUUGACGAAAGAAUACGCCGACGAAAAGAUCCCCAUUCCAAGACCGGAUAAAUGGGGAGGUUACGUUGUAAUUCCAGAAGUCAUCGAGUUUUGGCAAGGACAGUCUACUAGAAUCCAUGAUCGGAUUCGAUUUCGACGACCGUCGUCCAGUGAAGAGCCGGACGGUGUCUUGACUCACCAAGGAGACGAAGGUUGGAUUUAUGAACGCCUUGCUCCGUAAAGAUAUUUAAGUGAACUGUUAGUCUGCCUUGCAGUGGUGCUCCUUCUUUGGGUUUAUUUACAGAUUUAGCAUGUCUUCCAUAAGUUUUACAAUUUAAGAAUAAACAUGCGGUAUAAACAU